AACCUAUUUAUGUACACCUUUACAUUUAUAGCAAAAAACCCUUUAUUAUAAAACUAAUAAUGAUGUAUGAAGAAAUCUUGCUUCUUUUAAGAGUGUACUUGAUCAGAACUGAUGUUAUGGAGACCGGGAUGUCACUUGUCGAACACGGAAGAAAUAAACCGCGUACAAGCGUUUUACCAGCUUCCUGAUCCUGGGUAAAAAUAACAUAACGGAGAUGCUCUCUGUUAUAUUUAGAAGAAGCACCUUUGCUGCCCAGAAGGUAUUGCACUGGGCAGGUUCUCCACAAAGAUGCUGGACAUCAGCCCUGACUGGAGCUUCUAAUGGUACAUCUGGCUCCCUGCAGACCAGCUGGGCCUCCUCCACAAAUAGAGACACUGGAUGUUUAAAAUCCCCUGCUGUCCUUGGUUGCAUGAGGAUUGAGCCCCUCCUAAGGACCCCUGUUGCUCCAUUAAUGAGGAACCAGUGUUUCCACUCUUCCGCUGUGAGGCUUAAGAAGCGACCAAAGCCUGAACCUCCUCCCAGAGAGCUGGAUCUGCUACGCUAUGACAUGAAGGACUUGUGGAAGAGUCCAAAACCUGCUCUUUACUUGGGGUUUGCAGGGCUGAUCCCCUUUGUUUCCCCUACUCUGUUCAUGGCUCUGACUGAGAUAUACAUCCCAGAGUUGGCCUAUGCACAGUUAGCUUACAGUGCCUCCAUUGUUUCCUUCCUGGGUGGAGCUCGCUGGGGAUUUGCUCUUCCUGAGAGCAGCCCAGCCAAACCUGACUGGCGGAACCUGGCAAAUAGUAUGGUUCCCUGCUUGUUAGCCUGGGCGGCCAUGCUGAUGAGCGACAGCAUCGCUUCUGCAGUCAUCAUGGUUAUCAUGGGACUUGGAAUCUCGCUGCAUUAUGAUCUCUCUCUGCUGCCUACUUACCCGAGCUGGUUCAAAGCACUGCGUGCCGUUAUGACCACCGUGGCAAUUUUUUCUCUCAUCGGAACGCUCAUAAUUAGUGUAAUGUACCCACCAAAGAAACUUUUCUCGGAACGCUCAUAAUGAGUGUAAUGUACCCACCAAAGAAACUUUUCUCAGAUUAAAUAAUAUAAAAAUAUUAAAAUUGUAAAAAGCUGGACAAUA